UUUGGGUAACGGAUGGUUGAGAUGACUGGCCUGAAUUUCCGGUUUCAUUAAGGGCAUUUCCCAGCGUUGGCUAACAUUAGCAGCAUGCUAACUAUUAUAAUAAUGAUGUUUUAUUUUUGUGACGAAAGUUAUUACAUGUGUUUACACUUAACAUCAGUGCAUUGAAUUACACUAUGUGAUUAAUCUGGCACGUUUAAAUUUUCAACUCCCUCGAGCUCAUGCAGUGCACUGCGUCAGCUAAAAACAAAGCUGUUAGCCGUUUAAGCUAGAUAGUGUGAUUACAUUUCCGCGUGCAUGCAGUGCAGCGAUGAGGUACACAAGGAGCCUGCUGGUGUUCGUAACGCAGCUGGAGAUUUUAAUACUAAAUGAUGUUUUCUUAAUGCUGGUCUUCUACCCAGCCACAAACCACCUCGCCCAGUCGUGUGCAGCCGUGGAACCAGAGCACGGAACCAGCACCGACACGUUGAUACUAUGCAGAGCAUGUGGACACGAGCUCGCGUCCGGGACUGACAUUCACUUCGUUCCCAGCCGACUGGCGCUCUCCAGCCGCAACGAUACGUUAGUCAGUGGUCGACGAGUUAACGUUCAGCUUUUUGAAAACCCCCACGGACUCCAGUUUGAAGUUAUUACAUUCAGAAAAGCAGACGUAACCAAGCACUGGCCGGCAGACACUCACUUCUCCUGGUUCCCAGGGUUCUCGUGGACCAUGGCUACCUGUCCCAGGUGUAAGUCUCAUUUAGGUUGGGCCUUCCAGCCCAGUGACUGGCCAGACACCAUCACGAAAACCAUGUUUGAUGAGUCGGAGAACACCUUCUUGGCUUUAAUCACCCACCAACUACUAAGAGAAGACUUUGCAUCGAGCCUGCUGAUGACUCCAAAAUCCUUUGUGAGCUGAUGGACUGUGUGGUUAAACCCAGGUGCCUUUGCCUUUACUACUAACAGUUUAUUUUUUAAAUAAAAAUGUCCAUGCA